AUGACUAUAGAAGAUUCAUUAUCAUAUUCUAAACAUACAAGAAAUAAACUGUCUAUUGAUCAAGGUAUUAAGAAUUUAAAUUUAAAAAAACGAAAAUCGAGUCUUUAUCAAAAUUUUAAUACAACCAAUAUAUAUAAUAAAUGUUUCCAAAAUUAUUAUAAUAGUUAUCAAUAUUUAAAACCUCAACCUUGUUAUGUAUCAAAUAUAAAAUCAAAUGUUUAUCAUUGGCAAUUAAGAGAUUUAAUUAAAUUUAAUAAUUUAUCAAAUGAUUUAUAUUAUACUAAAAAUGAUUGUAUAAUGAAAUAUAAUUUACAAAGUUUUAACAUAAAUUCACAUUUGAAAUUAAAUUAUAAUCCAAGAUGUUUUAAUCAUUUUAAUGAUUUUAUUGUUACUGGUGGUGUUUUAACUAGUUCUUCAAAAUUAUUCAGUUUAAAUUUAUCAAAUUUAUCAAAUUUAUCAAAUUCAAGUACUAAUAAUAAUAAUAAUGAUAAAAGAAUAAAUAAAGGUUUAUUUUCUUUUUUUAAUGGUUCAAAUUUACAUACUGUUAAAGUUGGUGAAAUGAUUAAUAAUGAUGUUACAAUUUAUUCAAAUGGUCAAAAUCAAUUUAAUUCUUAUAUUUGUAAUAAUGAUACUUUUUUAUAUUCACUUGAUAUUUCAAAUAAUGAUAUUAAAAUGGUAAAUAAAUUAAAUUGUGAAACAAAUACUUGUUUAAAUAAUGUUGUUAAAAAUCCUUGUCAAAAUUUAUUAAUUGUAACUGGUGAUUCUUCAAGUAUAUUUUUUAUAGAUCCAAAUCAAAAUAAAGUUGUAAACAAAAUAAAUUCACAUCAUGAAUCUGGUUUUGGUGUUUCUUAUCAUUCAAAUGGUUAUUUAUUUUCUUCUGUUUUUCAAGAUGGUAUUUGUCAAUUAUAUGAUUUAAGAAAUACAAAGGAUGUUAUAACUGAAAUUAAAUCAACAAGGCAAGGUCAUCAAUCUGGCGCUUUUAGAGUUUGUAAAUUUUCACCCGAAAAUGAUUUUAAUGAUUUAUUAAUUAUAUCUGAACAUGUUGGUAGAAUUCAUUUAAUUGAUUUAAGAAAUUUAUCAAAUGUAAAUAAAGAUCAUCAAGUUAUAGUAGUACCGGCUGCAUUGGAUCAAUAUGGAGAAUUUAAAGCUAAUAAUAAACAUGAACCAAUUGAUAUUUAUGGUGAUUUCACUUCUCCUUUAGUUUAUGAUUAUGAUUAUUUAACAAAUGUAAAUCCAAAAUUAUUUAAAGAAUUUAGUUAUCAAUUCCAACAAUCACCAGAAAGUUCUCCUCCAAAAUUAAAUACUCCAAAUUAUUCAACCACCACAGCUAAUGAAGAUACUACAGUAUUAUCUUCAAUUUCACCAAGAGCUUCAAUUGAUUUUGAUUCUCAAUUAAAUGAUAUUUAUAUGAGUCAUGAACCUACUAAUCCAAGUAGAUCAGAUUCAUAUAUGCUUAAUUCAAAUUAUGUUGAAGAUUCUUAUCAACAAUAUUCAAAUCAUAUACAUGGUGAAAUGGAAUUGAGUGGUAUUGAAUUUUGUAAUCCUUUAAAUUCAAGUGAUUCGAAAAUUAUAAUUGGAUGUCAAGAUGCUGGUAUUUUAAUGUGGGAUAUAAAUACAAAUUCAAGAAGAAGUUUUAGUUCUUUUGAAAUGAUAUGA